CCUCCAGCCAAUCAGCGGGUGCGGCCGCGGAGGCGAGGAAGAUCGGCCACUGCGACCAUGAGCGCCCGACGGGUAGCACCGGCUGUGGAAAUGACUGCUUUAACCGUGUAAUUGCACCGGUUCGGCCCGGAACACCGUUCGACUGGACGCGGCACCGAAUUAACAUUCUGGUUGCAGCCCUGCAGAAUGUCCAAGAUACGGCGGAAGGUCACAGUGGAGAAUUCAAAAACCAUUUCUGACAGCAGCAGCAGCGCCACAACCCCUUCUCGCCGACCCAGCGUGUUCGAGAGACUCGGCCCCAGCACCGGGAGUAAUGCUGCGGAGACACACUGUAGAAAUUGGCUGAAGACGGGAAACUGCAGUUACGGCAACACCUGUCGCUACACACAUGGAACUCAGGCCAGAGGGAAGGGAUUCAGCGGAACUUACAGGUCAUCGGAGAGGCCCACCGGCGACCUCCGGGAGAGGAUGAAGAAUAAGAGACAGGAUGUGGAACCCGAGAGUCAGAAGAGAGACACAGAAGAGUCCACGUCCCCUUUAGUCAGACAGCGAGAUUCCUCCCGGGGCCGACAUCGUGAGAAGGAAGACAUAAAGAUCACAAAGGAACGAACACCUGCCAGUGAGGAAGAGCAGGCAGAGUGGGAAGCCACUCGAGAAGAUUCAGAUAACGGAGAAGGCGACUACGACUACGAGUUGUCUUUGGAAAUGAAGAGGCAGAAGAUUCAGCGCGAGCUCAUGAAGCUGGAGCAGGAGAAUUUGGAUAAAAGGGAGGAGAUUGUAAUCAAGAAGGAGGAACCAGUAAACAAGAGCAGGACGAGCAGCCUGUCUAAAGUCUCCCCUGAGCCAGCCAGCUCUAAAGGUUCCCCAUCAUCGCGCAAGUCCAGUGGGUCACCAAAGCGCAAGGCCGUCACUAAAGGUGCAGGUUCCGGCAAGAAGGAGAAGAAGACGUCAGUCAUUUCCUCCCCGGUAGCAGACCAGGCCAGAACCUCCAAAGUGGCUCACGGUAAGAAGAAGGGUCCCCGGACUCCCAGCCCACUGCCACCGACCCCCGCCGAGAGCCCAGCAGUGGGGAAGAAACACAAAGCGAAGCACAAGAACAAGGAAAAGUCAGAGGAGAAAUACAAGGAGGGGAAGGAGCGCGGGCGUGACACCGACAAGCACAAGGAGAAGAAGGAGAAGCGCAGGGACCGCUCGGAGAGCGCCCACAAGGCCAAGCGGCUAGCGACCUCGGAGGAGCGCUCCGGAAGCACGUCUUCGCCCUCCAGAGACCUGUCCCCGAAGUCCCGCUCACCCCGGCCGAGCACUCAGAGGAACCCGGUGCUGGCCUCUCCACCUCGCAGGUCUCCAACUCCGCCCCGGCGCCGCCGCAGCCCUACGCCUUCCUCCCGCUCUGGUUCAUCCGCCACUCCGGCCUACCUGCGGGAAUCGGGCUCCUCGCCCCCACCCAGGCGUUCGCGGUCGCCACCGGCCCAACGCAGGUCAAGCCCUGGGCGGAACCGCUCCCGCGGUCGGUCUGAGAGAGAGAGGAGCCCAGCUGUGCAUGACCGCCGCCAGGAGCGCAGAGAUGAAGCUCGUGGGAAGCGGGACAAGGACAGCCAUGAUGAUUAUGAGGUGGAGCAGAGCUCGGCACGCGAUGAUCGUGAUGGGCGUGACCGCCGGGAGCCCCGAGACCGCAGAGAUGCGCGUUCAGAUGGGCGAGGAGGUCGAGACUCGCUGGAGUACCGGGAUCGGGACCGCGAUCGGGAAAAGGACCGUGAUCGUGAUCGGGACCGUGACCGUGCUGACAGGAAAGAUGAACCUGCCCAGGAUGAACGGCGCUACGCCCGCAGCCAUACCCGUGAGGAGAGCAGCCGAGCUGAUGGGAGGACUGAGUCCAGGACAGAGUCCAGGGCCGAGGCGCGUCCAGAGAGGACGGGCAGGGGGAGGGGCCGUGGUGGCGAGCAGGCAGACAAGGGGGCCCGGGGCUCCCGGACAGGCCAGUUUGACACGAGUGGGACCGGAGGAGGGACCUUCCACGACUCCUGGGAGUCCCGCAGCAGCAGCUCGUACCCUGAGCGGAGUGGUGAACGGGGUGCAGAUCGUGACCGUUACGAUAGUGACCGGCGAGGGGACCAGGCCAGGGAUUCAUCUUACGACCGGCGGGGGGGACAUGCGGAGCGCGAUCGCAGGGAUCGAGCCUCUCCGGCUCGACACCGCGGUCGUAGCGAGGAGCCUGAGCGUGAAGAGAGGAGGGCAGAGCGUGGCGACGAGCGGCGUGAGGAGCGUGCCCGUGAGCGGGACAGAGAACGGGAGCGUGAGCGUGACAAGGAACGGGAGAGGGAGCGUGAACGUGAGAAGGAGCGCGAGGCAGAGCGCGAGAGGGACCGGGAGAGGGAGCGCGCCCGUGAGCGGGAAAGAGAGCGCGAACGAGAACGGGAGCGUGAGGAUCGGGAACGGGAGCGCGAAGAGCGUGAGCGCGAAAGGAAGGAGCGGGAACGCGAGCGGGAGCAGCGCGAGAGGGAGCGCCAGAGAGACUGGGAGGAGCGUGAGAAGAGCAGAGAGGAGCGCCGCGAACGCAGGGACGAGCCCAGGGAGGAGCGCUCCGUCCGGGACUCCCACGAGGAGCGCAAAGCUGGCCGAAAGAGGCAGCGUGUGCAGAGCAGCCCCAGCCCGCGGCCCUCGCCCAAGAGAGCGCGGGAAGCCAGCCCCCCCGACAGUGACGGGUACAACAGUGCGGAGGAGAAAGGUGCAGAGAAACACAGGCUGCUGAGCCAGGUUGUCCGCCCACAGGACCCCAGCCGCUCCCCCCCGCGGCCCCUCAUGGAGGAUAAGUCCAGCCGCUGGAGGGAUGAUGAGCGCAAAGCAGAGAAGAAGGACUCAGGAUGCAGAAGCCGCCACGACGAAACUGAGCUGCGGGGCCAGGGCCGCUCUGGCGACCGCCGAGGGGCGGGAGACCACCUCCCGGACAGCAAGGACUCCCAGGAGCUAGCACCCCCCUCUGCCGCCACACAUCCUGGUCCGGAGGAGAAGGCGACAGGUGUCUUGACGACAACACAAGAAGAGGGCAAGAAGAAGACCAAGUCCCAGAAGAAGGGGCUGAAGAAGACGCGCAAGGAGGAGGAUGGAGGAGCUGGUGGUGGUGGGACUGAGAGGUUCAACCCAGAGCCCCCAGCCAGAAGUCCUGCCCCUGUGGAAGCUCCACCUCCACUGCUCUCACCCCGCAAAGCGCCCAAGAAGAAAACGAUUGAGAAGAAGCGCAAGCGCUCCCGGGGUGGAGAGUCAGACAUCUCUGAGGACGAGGUCCCGCUCCCCUCCCAUCACCACCACCAUCAUUCCAGCAAGAGGAGGCGUGGACCCAGGACACCACCCCCCUCUUUGGUAUCUGCCUCCAAAGACGAUGGCUCCGCCCCCACCUCACAGAAGCCCACCCCAGGGGACCCGCUGCCGACGCAGCACCCGAAGACAGACGCCACGUUCAGCGACUGGUCGGACGAGGACGUCCCGGACCGGAGCGACGCACCGGGGGCGCCGGCCCCUGUGGAGAGAGUGCUGCCGGAUGCAGGCCGCAGGGGGCAGAAGGGGGCACGGGAGAGGGCAGAGCCAGCAAUUGCGCCACUGCUAGGCCAAGACACGCCAUCCCUGCUGGCGCAGCCCCAGCUGCCCCUGCAGCCGCUCAUCCCGCAGUCCCUCCUGCGCAAGGCGGCCUCUGAACAGGGGCGCAGCAGCAGCCUGGGCAGCAACCAGAGCCGCUCGUCCUCCCGGCGUGUGCGCUCCCCCUCCAGCGAGUCGAUGCACCGCGGGACUACCGUUGCCGGGGACGACCAGCCAGGGCCACGUUCCAGGAGGGGCCGCGUGCAGGCAGGUGGCUCCCGCGAUCGGGAACGAGAACGCGAGCGGGAAAGGGAACGGGAGCGAGAGCGGGACAGAGAGAGGGACCGUUCCCUCGCUGGGGAGCCCACAUCCUCGGAGAGGAAGUCCCGCAUUGAUCAACUGAAGAGGAGCGAGCCAAGCCGCAGCACCUCCUCAGACCGCCAGGACUCCCGCAGCCACAGCUCACGGCGCAGCUCGCCGGAGUCAGAGCGGCAGGCGCGGUCCCGGGCGGGCUCCUAUGACAGCCGGGAGCGGGAAAAGGACCGCGAGAGAGACCGCGAAAGAGAGCAGUUUGACCGGGAACGGGACCGUGACAGGAAGGACGCGAGGCAGCAGCAACAGCAGCAGCAGCAGCAGCGGAGUGACUGGGAUCGCGGCGAGCUGGACACCCGAGACUGGGGAGGGCGGGGCCGCGAGGCCCCGCCUUCAUUGCUGAUGCGUGUGGGACGGGAGCCAAUCAGGGAGCGUGACCUGAGAGAGAUGCGGAAACGAGAGGCGGAGCUCGAAAGAGACAGACACCUGGCCGAGGGGCUGCUGCUCCAUGACCGGGAACGUGAGAGAGACCGCGACCGUGACAGGCUACUACUUCCAGAGCUGCCUCUCCAUGGGGAGCAGAAACAGGACCGGGCCGAGUUUGAGGUCCUUGCCAGAGAGGGUGUGUCCAGUGAGGGCGACAAGCCCGCAGAUGGCCCGCGAGCACUGGACGAGACGUGUGAGGCCGAAAAGCUGGACAGCCAGGACGAUGAGGAUGAUGGGAAGGCAGAAGACGCCCAGUCGGUCGUGUCCGGCGGCGAGGACUACGAGCCCAUCAGCGAUGACGAGUUAGACGAGAUCCUAGCUGACAGCGGGGGGCAGAAAAAAGAGGACCAGCAGCAGCAGCAGCAGGAUGAGGAAAAGGUUUCGGGACCGCUGGAUGUAAUCGACGUGGACUGGUCCAGCCUGAUGCCCAAGCAGCCAUCGGAGCCCCGAGCCGCAGGAGCAGCGCUGCUCCGCUUCACGCCAGGGGCUGUGUUGCUCAGGGCGGGGGUGUCGCCGCGCCUGAUGGGGCCUCAGCUGCUUGCUAGGGUCAGGGAGGCCUGCAGGGGGGAGCUGGAGGACCCCAAAGAUGCAGACAAGCUAUUUGAACACGACCUGGGGGCCCUGAACAUGGCGGCAAUGAGGCGGAAGCAGGAGCGGGCGGGACUGCUGCGGAACCUGGGCCCCUGCUGCAAGGCCCUGUGUGCCCGGCGGGACUUGGCCAUGCGCAGGCAGCUGCUCAGGAACGAUAAGGGUACGACCAAGCCGCUUUACAGCGCCGCCCCAGUGGACAGUGAACUGCUGCGGCUCAGCGUGCAACUGCUCAAGAGGAGGAUGGCGGGUGACGGUGGGGGCGGAACGAGCAGCGAACCCACUGCCCAGGAAAGGGCUGAGGCAGGCCUGGAGACGGCCCAGGCCGCACCCACUCCCCCCACUGAAGUGUGUGCCUCCUGAGACUCUGCCCACGCUUGAGUUUUAACUUGCAUCCCUGCUCCUGGAUCAUUUAAGAAACUGCCACAAACUCAAGUGAGAAACGUAGGAGACACUGAUCCAGAGUCAGUCAGGGACGGAAUCCACAGAGACUGACUGCUGUGUCUAAGCCUGUGGCUCUUUUCUUUUUAAAGUUCUUUCGCUUUGGAAUCACGCACGAAAUGUUUCUCUAGCAUCGUUUUGUGUUUGUUACUUAUGCUUUAGACUAGUAUGUUCUUAAUUUGUUUUUAUUUUAUAACAUGGUAAUCAGUUGGUCCUGCAUCAGUCAUUAAAACUAGGCAUUGCCAUGU